AGGAAGAUGGCCAGAGCUUUGUGUCCACUUCGUGCCCUCUGGCUUCUGGAGUGGGUGCAGAUGCUCUUGGGACCCGGUGCUGCCCCUCCAGCCUGGGCCUUGAACCUGGACCCAGUGCGGCUCACCUUCUACACAGGCCCCAAUGGCAGCCACUUUGGGUUUUCACUGGACUUCUACAAGGACAACCAUGGGAGCGUGGCCAUCGUGGUGGGCGCCCCGCGGAUCCAGGGCCGCAGUCAAGAGGAGACUGGCGGCGUGUUCCUGUGCCCCUGGAGGGCCGAGGGCGGCCAGUGCUCUCCUCUGCCCUUCGACCUUAACGAUGAGACCCGAAAAGUAGGCUCCCAGACUUUCCAAACCUUCAAGGCCCGGCAAGGACUAGGGGCAUCGGUGGUCAGCUGGAGCGACAACAUUGUGGCCUGCGCCCCCUGGCAGCACUGGAACGUCCUAGAAAAGACGGAGGAGGCUGAGAAGACGCCCGUGGGGGGCUGCUUCGUGGCUCAGCUCCAGAACGCCGGCCGCGCCGAGUUCUCGCCGUGUCGGGACAACACCAUGAGCCGGGUUCACACGCAACAAAAUUUUUGGGAAGACAAGCGCUACUGCGAAGCGGGCUUCAGCGCCGCUGUCACUCAGGCUGGAGAGCUGGUGCUUGGGGCCCCCGGCGGCUUUUAUUUCUUAGGCCUCCUGGCGCGGGUUCCAAUAGCAGAUAUCUUCAGGAGUUACCGCCCGGGCACCCUCUUGUGGCACGUGAGCACCCAAAGGCUCACCUUCGACUCCAGCAAUCCAGAGUACUUCGACGGCUACCGGGGGUAUUCGGUGGCCGUCGGCGAGUUCGACGGGGACCUCAACACGACAGAGUAUGUCUUCGGCGCCCCCACCUGGAGCUCGACCCUGGGAGCCGUGGAAAUUCUGCGCGGGAACUACCGGACGCUGCACCGAGUGCAUGGAGAGCAGGUGGCUUCGUAUUUCGGGCACUCGGUGGCCGUCACUGACGUCAACGGGGACGGGAGGCACGACCUGCUGGUGGGCGCGCCACUGUACAUGGACAGCCGCGCUGACCGCAAGCUGGCCGAGGUGGGGCGUGUGUACUUGUUCCUGCAGCCUCGGGGCUCCCACGCGCUGGGCACCCCCAGCCUCCUUCUGACAGGCACCCAGCUCUAUGGGCGAUUUGGCUCAGCCAUCGCGCCUCUGGGCGACCUCAACCGGGAUGGCUACAAUGAUGUUGCCGUGGCCGCCCCCUACGGGGGUCCCAGUGGUCGGGGCCAAGUGCAGGUGUUCCUGGGUCAGAGUGAGGGGCUUAGCUCACGCCCCUCCCAGGUCCUGGACAGCCCCUUCUCCACGGGCUCUGGCUUCGGCUUCUCCCUGCGAGGUGCCACAGACAUCGAUGACAAUGGAUACCCAGACCUAUUGGUGGGAGCAUACGGGGCUGACAAGGUGGCUGUGUACAGAGCUCAGCCGGUGGUGAUGGCCACUGUCCAGCUGCUGGUACAAGGUUCGCUGAAUCCUGCUGUGAAGGACUGUGUCCUGCCCAAGACCACGACACCCGUGAGCUGCUUUAACAUCCAGGUGUGUGUAGGAGCCACUGGACACAACGUUCCUCCGAAGCUGCGCCUAACUGCCGAGCUGCAGCUGGACCGGCAGAAGCCCCGCCAGGGCCGGAGGGUGCUACUGCUGGACUCUCAACAGGCGGGCACCACCCUGCACCUCGACCUGGGGGGGAGGCACAGCCCCAUCUGCCACACCACCACGGCCUUCCUCCGGGACGAGGCCGACUUCCGGGACAAGCUGAGCCCCAUUGUGCUCAGCGUCAAUGUAUCCCUGCAGCCUGAGAAGGAUGGACUAGCGCCUGCUCUUGUGCUGCAUGGAGACACCCAUGUCCAGGAGCAGACCCGCAUCAUCCUGGACUGUGGGGAAGAUGACCUGUGUGUGCCCCAGCUUCAGCUCGCCGCCAGCGUGAAGGGCGCCCCGCUCCUAAUUGGAGCCGAUAAUGUGUUGGAGCUAAAGAUGGAUGCAGCCAACGAGGGGGAAGGGGCCUAUGAGGCUGAGCUGGCCGUGCACCUGCCCCAAGGCGCCCACUACAUGCGGGCCGUCAGCAACGUCCAGGGCUUUGAGAGGCUGGUCUGUAACCAGAAGAAGGAGAACGAGACCAAGGUGGUGCUGUGUGAGCUGGGCAACCCCAUGAAGGGGAAUGUCCGGAUAGGAAUCACCAUGUUGGUGAGUGUGGAGAACCUGGAAGAGGCUGGGGAGCAUGUGUCCUUCUGGCUGCAGAUCAGGAGCAAGAACAGCCAGAAUCCAAACAGUGAGAUUGUGCCGCUGGAUGUGCCAGUCCGUGCGGAGGCCCAUGUGGAGCUUCGAGGGAGCUCCUUUCCAGCCUUCCUGGUGGUGGCGGCAGAAGAAGGCAACAGGGAGAACAUCUCAGACAGCUUGGGCCCCAAAGUGGAGCACACCUACGAGCUCCACAACAAUGGCCCUAGUACUGUCAGCGGCCUCCACCUCAGCAUCCACCUCCCUGGCCAGUCCCAGCCCUCUGACCUGCUCUACAUCCUGGAUAUACAGCUUCAGGGGGGGCUUCAGUGCUCCCCACAGCCCUCUCCCAACCCCCUCAAGCUGGACUCGGGGAUGCCCACCCCAGUUCCUUCCCCCAUUUACCGGGGCCACCACAAGCGGGAGCGUAGGCAGGCCUUCCUGUCAGGAUCCAAGCAGCCAUCCAGGCUUCAGGAUCCAGUUCUUGUGAGCUGCGACUCGGCGCCCUGCACUGUGGUGCAGUGUGAGCUGCAGGAGAUGGAGCGCGGGCAGCGGGCCAUGGUCACGGUGCACGCCUUCCUGUGGCUGCCCAGCCUCCGCCAGAGGCCACUGGAUCAAUUUGUGCUGCAGUCGCAGGCUUGGUUCAAUGUCUCCUCCCUUCCCUACACCGUGCCCGCCCUCGGCCUGCCCAGCGGAGAAGCUCUGGUCCAGACGCAGCUGCUUCGGGCCUUGGAGGAGCGGGACAUCCCCCUCUGGUGGGUGCUGGUAGGCGUGCUGAGUGGCCUGCUGUUGCUCACACUCCUGGUCCUGGCCAUGUGGAAGGUCGGCUUCUUCAAGCGGAAUCGGCCCCCCCUGGAGGAAGACGAUGAAGAGGAGGAGUGAGGUGGCAGCCCGGGCUCUGCCCUGCAGGAAGGCGGAUGUGAUACCUGCUCUGCCCCUUCUUCUCCGAGUGCCCCCAGCUCUGCUCACCCACUACUUGGAGCUGUGCCAUGGAGGCUCCUGAUGUCUUCCCCCUCCCAUCAGAGCUGGGCCACCUCCUUUCUUGCUGCCAGAUAAAGAGG